UAACCUCGCACCUGUCAACAAGUUCCGGGUAACAGACGUCCGAUGAACUCAGCCCGUCGGCCCGAGGUAAACAACGCUGUUCAGUGCCGUGGCUAGCGACUGAUGAAGAGCUUGUAUUCAUCGACUUGAGAAAUGGCAAAGAAAACGGAGGACUCCAGGGAUUUAUGGCUGUGUUAACGUUAAACAACCGUAUUACCAGACUCCAUCCCUAGAUCUGGAUCUCUCUGCUCAGCCAUGUCGUCACGUGUGUUGCUGCGGCAGCAGCUGAUGCGAGAACAAGCCCAGGAGCAGGAGAGACGUGAGGCCCAGCAGCAGGCCUCUGCCUCUCAGCUCCGGGCCUCCGACUCCACUCCAGCCAUCUCUGUCACGCUUCCCCCAAAUGCUGCCCGUCCCCCUCCAGCACAGGUGCCUGUGGAGGUGCUGAAAGUGCAGACCCACUUGGAGAACCCCACCAAGUACCACAUCCAGCAGGCACAGAGGCAACAGGUGAAGCAGUACCUCUCCACCACACUGGGCAACCAGGCGGUUACUCAGACCCUGGGUGUGUCUCCUGUGCCGCAGUCCAGUUCUGCCCCUGAAGUUGCCCCUACUGCCAGCAGUGCCCCUAACAGUCCUAUGGCUCUGCUUAACAUCGGAUCCAACAAGGAGGAAAUUGACGAUGUGAUCGACGACAUCAUUAGUCUUGAAUCCAGUUUUAAUGACGACAUCAUUACGUUGAUUGACUCAGGUCUUCAGUUGCCUAGCACGCUCCCAGGAAAUCUGUUGGAUGUAUACCAUAGCCCUGGAAUGGCAGCACCUACUCUCACGGUCAGCAACUCCUGCCCUGCCGAUCUUCCAAAAAUUAAAAGGGAAAUUACUGAUGCAGAUGCCAAAGCGCUAUUGAAAGAAAGGCAGAAGAAAGACAAUCAUAACCUCAUCGAGAGGAGGCGCAGAUUCAACAUCAAUGACCGUAUAAAGGAGCUGGGUACUCUAAUACCUAAGUCAAAUGACCCUGAAAUGCGUUGGAAUAAAGGCACCAUUCUGAAAGCUUCUGUGGACUACAUCAGGAAAUUACAGAAGGAGCAGCAGAGAGCCAAGGACAUCGAGAUGCGACAGAAAAAGCUGGAGCAAGCAAACCACAGUCUCCUGUUACGCAUCCAGGAACUGGAAAUGCAGGCACGGCUCCACGGCCUCUCCAAUUCCACCAGCAUCUCAUCUGGUCUGAGCUCCGAUCCCUCCCUGCUCCAGCAGCAGCCGGUCCAACAGAGCGGCCAGUCUCUGCCUCCCAGUGCAGGAGGAGCCUCCUCUCAGAACCUCCUCAGUCUGGGAGCCAUUGGACAGCCUCUGCCACCCUCUUUCCUGUCCCCGCCCUCCUCUGACUCUCCUGCAGGAGUCACCAUCAGCAGCCCCCUGGACCUGGGCAGCCUGAGCUUCGCUGAGCUAGACGACACCUCGGCCACAGCGCUCUACCCUGACGUGGGCUUGGGAGACAUUCUUAUGGACGAUGGGUGCACCCUGUCUUCAGAGAGGGUGGCUGACCCACUCUUCUCUCCUUUGUCACCAGGUGCCUCUAAAACCAGCAGUCGCAGGAGCAGCCUUGAAAUGGACGAGGACUUGUGAUGAGCCCUGUGUGGCAGUCAGAGACUGUCUGUAGGGACAAGAAUAUCAGGAAGUGCAGUCUAUCCUUAAAUAACGUGAGUCUAUUUACAGGACUGAAUUCAACGUAGAAAAGCAAAACUAGCUUUUCUAAGUUCAACAGAUCAAAACUAACAUAAACGUUGCACCAGGCGAAAGUAAGGUCUUCUUGAAAUUUCUUGCCAUACAGACCUAAUUAUUAUUGUUCCUGUCUGGAGCAGGUCAGAUGAUUAUGUCUGGGUUUAUAAAUGCAAUCUUAUUAAAAUGGAAUAUUGUAUUAUAGGGGCAUGGACUUAGCAUUAAGAAAUAAUUCAUUCUUCAAAAGUUUUUACGAUUUUCUUCAGAGAUUUAAGAGGGAUAUAAAGUUUGCUUGAAUUUAUUAUGUGUUCAUUUAUAGGGAGGAAAGCUGUGAGGUUUCUUUUUCAUGACAUAAAUGGCAUAGCAAACUUGUUGAGAGAUGCCAACACACAGUAGUUUUAUUUUUUUGUUUUUUUUUUCAACUGACUGGAAUCAGGGUUUGUUAAUAGCAGUCGCAUGCUCAUCUGUGUUGAGUUGUUUCACCAGCAGCUACAGAAGGGAUCUUUGUAAAAAUGAAUUGGCACAUUGUGAAAUAUUUACUGCAUAUUGUAUAUAAGAAUAUUUUAUUUUGAGCAAUUUAUUGCACCUUAUUUUAUGGCAGUCUAUGCAUUUUAUGAGAGCUUUUGUCUGUUUUUAUUACUUUUACACAGUGCACAGCUAAUGCCCAGGUUGCAUGUAUUUGUAAUAAACCUUGAGAGCAGUGGAAAAUCACUUGCUGCUGCAGCUAGUUAGCCAAAGCAGGACUUCUUCCAGAGUAGCUACAAAUUACAAAUCAGCCUUUUGUUUUUGAAUAUAUGCACUCAGUCAGUGGGAGUGCAAGGCAGUAUGAGAAGUGCAGAACAAUUUUAUCCUUUUACAAGAGUACUGUAGUUCAGUUUUUUUGAUACUCGAAUAAUAGUUUGAUAAGUAGUUUCUCCUGACUAAUAUCUGCGUUGUGAGUAAUUCUCUGUCUCCAUUAACCGUGGUGAUCACUGAGUGAUUUUACAGGUUAGCAUGUUUUGUUUGGACGAUCAAAAUUGAUAUAUCUAAUAAUACAUUAAUGCUCACUGCUCAAUGGAAGAUGAAUUCAGAGGGCUUUGACCUCCUUUUAAACCAACCACUAGUCUCACCUCUGUAAUAACAAGGUAUAACUGUUUGUUGUGUGAAACCUGCAAUGCAAUUAUUGUUUUAUAAAAUAGCCACAAAAGUUAGAAAGGCAUUUAAUUUGUCCAGAUGCUUAACGCAACUUUAUGUACAGUCAAUGAACAUGUUGAGAAAGUACCUGCAUAUGUUUAGCUGUUUUUUUGUUUUUGUUUUUGUAACACUGAUGUACUGUAUUUUUUUUUCUUUCAACCAAACCUCCAAGUUAUUCAGACACAUACAUUUUAGACUAUUUUUUGAGCUGUGGUAACAUAAAAACAGAUUACCCAAAAACAUUGUACUUGAGAUCAUAGUACUGAGUGACAUUGAUUGGUGGUUACAGUGAUUUUAAGGUGUCCCUUCCUGUUCAUUCAGAACUUUGAGGUACUUUGUUUUUGAGCUAAAAGCAGCUCCACUCAAUAGCUCCGUUACGCUGAUGGUGUUAUCACAGGAUUGAAUACCUAUGGUCAGCUUUUUCCACUCAUACUUAAUUGCUCUCCACAAUAUUCAACAUUUCUUACCCUGAUACAUAUUUGAGUGCUAACAUGGACUGUUAACCAUACGUAACAUUUGUGUCUUGUCCCUACAAGUUGGCUUUUGGAAGAUUUUAACAAAUAAA